CCUCCGUACUUGUCAACCAGACCCAAAUUUGGAACAUGAGCGGUAGCAUUUGGAUCUCGGAAAAUUCCGUGCGAGUACUCAGCACUAGCGAGAGCUUGGCACAAUUUGAUCAUAUCUUCUCGGAGCUCAGCAAACGCGAACUUGUGAGGAGCAUCGACUUCAUGGUCGUCCUCCCAGAGGUGAGCGUCAAGCGACUCAAAAAGUUGCAAAGCAAGGCUGAAGCAGCGGCGAACGACGCCGUCUUCACACGCGCUGUCUUGGACUUUUUCGAGCGCCUGGCUAAAUGGGAGACCCGAGGCGAGGGCGGCAGUCUCAGCCUGACAAUCAAGGCGGAUUCGCACACCUACACUCAGAUCGACGAGCUGGUGGCGAACCAAACGCUGAAGAAUACGCACAACGACUUCAAGGGCGGUAUCUGGCAGGUCCGGAACCUGAACAAGUAUCUCCAGUUCGAGGCCGAUGCCCCGCCUCUCCCAGAGGUCAAGUGUAUCACCAUGUUCGACUUUGGCAGCAUUGAUCAGCCACGGGAGUUGCACCCCAACGUCCUGGCUGCCGUAACCAACGCGUGCGUGCGUGCUACCAGGGUAGAUUGGUGCACCGGUCUACCUCAGCGCGGUGCCAUGCCGAAACGCCGCGAGAUCAGGUCAGCCUUGGCUCGCGCCCUGCAGCAGGCAAAAUUCACAUCAGCAAACGAGAUCGUGCUUAGGCUGAUGGAUAACGACCCCAUGAAUGAGGCGUUUGAGCUUGAGAGUGUUUUGGAGAACCCCGAUGAGCUCGAUAGUCUGAGCCUAGCCGUGCGACGUGUUUGUCAGCUCCCAACGCUUCGCAAGCUGGACCUGGACACACUCUGGAGCUUGUCCCCUGUCGCGUUCGGGGCGCAUCCGGCUUUGCCCGACCUGAAAUGCCCGUCGUUGGAGGAGGUUAUCAUCAACGUCUCCAUGACCACGCCCGAUGGGAGGUAUCUGAUGACGGGCGACCCCGAAAAUGCCAGCUACGAGGACGGCUACUGGAACUCCGAGGCCGAGAAGUCUCCCGCGCCCUUUGACUCGGACGACUCGGACACGUCGGACUGGCAACCCGAGUUCGCGUGGGACAAGCUCGACGGCGAGGUCCCGCCCACCAACUUCCGCAGCACUCCCGACCCCGACACUUUUGUGCCUCUGGCGCAGUCGUUCGCCAGGGCCGCCUUCCAUCACAUGCCCAAGCUACGCAGUAUGGAGAUCAAUUUCGGGGGUAUGGUACGAGCGUGUAGUUCGCCGUCGGAGCUCUUGUAUUUCGCUCCCGGCCAGCCGCACCGCCGGGCUAGUGACUAUCUGGGUGACUGCGAAAAGUUCGACAAGGAGAACACACAAUGCCCGCGAUGGUACUUUGACGGCACUCUCGACUUUGACUCCUCGUGGAGGAUGCCGCAAGAGCUGAAGAGGGAACUCGAGGGGCCCGAUGGAAACGGGCGUAUCUACAUGACCGUUGAACAGGAGAGAAUUGAGAUCUAACCACACCCGUUGGUGCAGUCGAGCAAGCUAAAAAGCUUUGGCAUUUUGUAAAUAAAACCAAUACAUGGAGAGAGACCUACCCAUUGGUCACGACAAAAUUGUCUGUCGGGAUGAAAUAGAAAAACACAACGUAUAUAAUGAUUAACAACAGCGGCUAUACAAGUA